AUGAAAUUCGUAUCAUGUAUAUCAACUUCGGAACUUAAAUCUAAAUGCCUUAGGAAAGAUAUGCGUGGAGUUGAUAUAUGUGCAUGCGUCAAAUUCAUAUUUUUCAUCAAUAAAUUGCAAAAAAUAAUCAUCCUUCCAAUCGGCAAUUGUCACUUUUACUCAGUUAUGAGUAGCAGUGAGAGGAGACCAGCUGGCGGACCAAGGAAAAUACCAGAAAAACUACCAGAGAUUGAAACAAUUCAGUAUGGUGAAAAACUUGGACAAGGCCAUUUCUCUGAAGUAUACGAAGGCGUUUAUAAAAACGAAUUUCCUGUAGCAAUAAAAGUCAUUGAAAGAGGAUCUGAUCAUCUCAUAUCAACAGAAAUCCAAUUACUACAAGAUCUUCGUGGUCUUCCACACAUUGUUCAGCUCUACGAAGUAAUUCAUAAAGAAAAUACUGUCUUAGUAUUUGAACUCGUUAAAUCCUUAGAUACAGAUGAUUUCUUUGACGAACUUACUCCGAAAAGGCUUAAAUUCUGCCUCAAAGCACUUUGCACUGCAUUACAAGCUGCUCAUAGAAAAGGUGUUGUUCACCGCGAUAUCAAAUUAGAGAAUGUAAUGAUAAGUGAAGACUUCUCUGACCUCAAAGUUAUUGAUUGGGGCUGUGGAACUUAUAUAACAGAUUCAAUGUCACCAAAAGCAGGUUCGCGUACUGUUAGAUCACCAGAAAUGUUACUUGGUUACCGCGGAUAUGGCUCUGCAGGCGAUUGCUGGGCUGUCGGAGCCUUUAUUUACGAUGUUUUGACAGAUGGUCGCAUCCCAUGGAAAGCCAAAUCCAGUCCAGAAGCUUUAGGUAAAAUGUCCACUAUAUUUGGCGGUUCUGCUUUAUUUGGUCUGGCAAAGAAAUUAGAUAUCGAUGUUGACGAACAAGCAGCAGCUUUGAUGAACCACCACGCUAAACAUACAAUUGACAGCUUCUUCUCAGAGGACUGCAGCGAUUUGGUCGAUGAUAAUCUCGUAGAUUUGAUGCAUCACUUAUUAGAGAUUGAUCCAUCAAAGCGUUAUACAAUGGAUCAAGCCCUCGGUCAUCCUUAUUUCACAUCAUAA